AUGUGCCCGUGGUCCAAGAAGCUGGUCCGAUAUGGUGCUAACCCUUUUACGGUCACCCUCGCCCCCUGCAUCUUAGGUAAGUACGUUUAGGAGUACUCUAUUUGUGACAAGAGACGCAACACUUGAGCUCGUUCGUCUUCGUGUCUUCUGGCUUUUCUUCCAAAAAAAGACGUUUCUCCUAAAUACAAAGGGAAAGAACUCAGAUCGUACUAUUUCUUUUUUCAUAGGAUUGUUGCACUUAUGAAGUAAGUAAAUUUACGCGGGAGAUUGGAAAUCUGAUAUUCAGAACACGAGUACCCCGGCUGGACUUGCCCCCGGAUGCCGAUGCCGAUGCCGAUGCCGAUGCCGAGGCUCGAGGCAAGUACUAG